GAUGUAUUUUAUUGUACAAAAGUCCGUGGCUGCACAAGUCGUCGCGUAUCUCUACUGCGACAAGAAAUGUAUCUAAUUAUCAGGAACAGAGGAUGUAUUAUUCGGUGUAUGUAGCGAAGGAAUAAAAAACGAUUAUACGUAGUAUAUAGAUUACGAUAAAAUAACUAUUCCGUUAUCGAGGACAUCCUGAAAAUAAUAUGUCUUCGGCAGGGAGGGAGACGAGAAUGUGUUGUGCUUGUGCAAAGUUAAUAAGUACGGGACGUUAACAGGCAUUGCCCCAGUCUUAAUUCUUACGGCGAGUGACUAACUUGGGUGGUUAUUUAAUUCUUAACUUUGUUGUGAUCAAGUGUCAAUAAAUAGCAGCAUAUCCAUCGUAAUUGCGUGUUGCGCAUUGUACGUGCAUCACCUUUGUGUUGAAUAUUCGGAGAGAGAAAAAAAGACGCCGAACAAGCAUCGACCAAGACGUGCGACCUGAAAUUCUUUCGCAAUAAAAUUGACGUAAGAAAGUACAAUCAUCGUCACUUGUGCAGACUCCGCACCGCGAGUUGCACUUGUUUUUUCCUGUCAGAGUAAAAUAACAAUUGAACGAUACCAAUGCUUGUCUAACGCAGCGAAUCGCAACAGUUGAAACACGUAGCGUUAACAAGAGCGUAACAGAUGAUUUUAUUCGAUAUGCGACUUCAGGCUGACCAUAUCUGUUAUCGCCGCGAGUUUAUUGCAAAUUAAUCGGCUAAUCAGCGGAAAAGAUUCAAGGCUCUUCAAUUAAAACAAAACCUUUCACUCGAGCAAUCAACGAUGGCCGCUACUUUCGACCAGUAUGACAAAUCCAGCUGGUACUUUGGUACUAUGUCAAGGCAGGAUGCGACGGAUCUAUUGAUGAGUGAAAAAGAAGGGGGUGUAUUUUUGGUCCGAGACAGCACGACUAUUCAUGGAGAUUUUGUCCUAUGCGUUAGGGAAGAUAGUAAAGUUAGUCAUUAUAUUAUAAACAAAAUACAACAAGGAGAUCAGAUACGGUAUAGGAUUGGCGAUCAAAUGUUUCCUGACAUACCAAAUCUUCUGGCUUUUUAUAAACUACAUUAUCUGGAUACAACGUCACUUAUCAGGCCUGCGCCUAGAAGGAUUCAAAAAGUUAUUGCCAAGUACGACUUCGAAGGCAGUGAUUCCGAUGACUUACCAUUUAGAAAAGGUGAAAUUCUGACGGUAAUAUCGAAGGACGAGGAGCAGUGGUGGACAGCCAGGAACAGUGUGGGUCAAACAGGAUCUGUUCCAGUUCCGUACAUCCAGAAAUACGAGGAGGACAGUAUGACGUUGUUGGAGAAUAGUUCACGGCCUGAUUCUGGGGGUAGUUGUAGUUCGAAUUCAAAUUUACUUCAGCAGCAGCAACAGACACAAUCGCAGUUACUCCUUCAAGAGACCGGACAGACCGGGAUACCAAGGCGAUCUAACAUUCAGAGAACUCUGCCUGCCUUUGCCAAGGUCAAACAAGCCAGAGUACCAAAUGCUUAUGAUAAAACGGCACUCAAGCUUGAGGUUGGCGACAUGAUUAAGGUUACUAAAACUAAUAUCAACGGUCAGUGGGAGGGUGAAUUGCAUGGCAAGACUGGACACUUUCCUUUCACGCAUGUCGAAUUUGUUGACAGUGAGAAUGGCGAUGGUAAUCAAGAGAUGUAAAACUGAGGUACGGCAAAUGUGUAAUCAACUUAGAAAGCCGCGUCGUAAGCACUUCCUUUAUCAUCACCAUCAUUGUUCGUUGCUGUUUAUAUUAAUGCAGGAAAAAAUAUUUGAGGCAUUUGUUACAUAAGACUUAGAAAGGCAAAGGAAAAUUUAUUCAAUUAUUCCUAUUCUUCCAUUCCAAUUUCGCAGUUCGGUAUAUAUUCUGUUUCAGUUUAUACGAAUUGCAUACCGAUAUUCGCGAACUUUAUAAAAUCAGGCGGUUCUUUAUAAUUCCAAUUAGUAUUUGAUUUUAUGAACGUGAACCGUCCUGCUAGACGCUCGACAAUGACGAUGAAAUUAGUUGAUGCUAGUAAUUUGAAUACGAGGUGAAGUACAUUUUUAAAACGACAAAAAUAGAAAUCAACCAAAUCCAACGGUAUCAAAAAUUGUUGUUGUGAAUUUUCAUAUAAUCAACGAAACUUGCAAUUUAAACCUCUUUUGCUGAUAAAUAUUGUACAAACAUAAGCGUACGUAAAAUUUGUAGGUAGGUAGUUGAAGUUAAAAAGACCAAGUGCUCGAUGCAAUCCGAAAUUUUUAAAUGAAUGGUAUUUUAUUUAGAGUUCGACUAAUUUUUUUUAUUCCGCUUUAAUCAAAAAGUGAUUGUAUUGUUAUGUGCAAAAUAUCCCAUGCAUUAGUAUAGACAGUCUUUUGUUAGCCAUAAAUCGUGCCACUAAUACAUCAAGUCAGGGUUGUAAAACGUUCACUUGAAGAGUCUGAAUACCAAACCUUAAUUUCCUCUCCUCGCGAAGUUCUGCAUUCUAAUGGGCAGAACAUAUUCAU